AUGGAGUUUUUCCAGAAAGCUAAAGCCGUUAGGAUGCGUAAGGUCCAGAAGUAUCUGACGGCGGAAGAGGAUGAAGAGACGGUGACUCAAGACAGGAACGGUUCCGACAAGAGAGCUCGGUGGACCGUAGAGCCAGUUCGAGGCUCCUUUGAAGUGAUCCGGUUGAAGAGUUGUUACGGAAGCUACCUAACCGUUUCGAACGAGCGGUUCUUGCUCGGCGCCACGGGGCAUAAAGUGGUUCUGUCGAAACCAAGUCGUCUCGGCUCGUCCGUCGAGUGGGAGCCGGUGAAAGAAGGAUCGAAAAUGAAGCUCAAGACGAGAUACGGCAACUUUCUCCGAGCCAACGGUGGACUUCCUCCGUGGCGUAACUCCGUCACGCAUGACUCUCCUCACAUUUCAGACUCGUUCUUGUGGGAUAUUGAUAUCGUCGAGAUCUUGGCCGAAACGAUGUCUCCCGCUCCAGCUCUGGUGGUAACUCCUCCGCCACAUAGGAGGAGGCCGGUUAGUUCUCCGAUGUCCAGAAGCUCUUCAGAAAAUUCCGAGGAAGAGCAAUGUGCAUUAUACCGGAACUGA